AUGAAGACACUGAACCUGGUUGGCGCGUCGAUUGACGAUCUCCAGGCCGCCCUUUCAUCAGGUAGCUUAACGAGCGUCGAGCUGGUUGCGCUGUACCUCCGCCGCGUGGCUCGCUACGACUGCCACGGACUGGCUCUCAACUCAAUUGCUAUUCUCAGCCAACAUCCCGUUGGUCGCCUUGAAGGUAUCCCAUAUACCGUCAAGGACAGCUACAAGGUCAAAGGCAUGACGGUCGCCAGCGGAUCCCCGGCAUUCAAGGACCUCAUCGCCAACGAAGAUGCCUUUUCUGUCUCCACUAUUAGAGCCCUUAACUGGAGGCGAUUUCUGGAGACAUCAGCCAUUCAUCAAACUGGCUGA